CAUCUCCUCCUCUCUCUCCUCGUCCUUCUCUCCUCUCCAUCCCUAUUUCCUGGUUGCUGCUGCCAGCAUCGACUGACGACAUAGACAACAACGACAGCACGAGAGCACAGGACAAUCAACUAGGAGUCGUUCGUUCGCUCAUACAACCCGACUAGGCCAACGUAACGCCACGCGUCACCUCUGUCCGACUCGUGUUGCCACUUGCACAAAGCCCCUGCCCGUGUGUGUAUGUGUGUGCUCUCAUCCCUUUCAAUCACCCGUUGCCGACGCCGAGCGGGAACGUCUCCUGCUUACGCGGACCACACCUGGGUGAGCGUGUGCGUAUGUGAGCCGGAAGAAUCGGCCAUCACACAUUCGUCGUCGCGAGAGUUACUUAGCUUUUCAUCUAUCAUCUAUCUAUCCCCUGCCUUUCUGGGUCUUAAUUACACUCCUCCCCCCUUCCCUCGCUCUCACCGCCUCUUCCUCCUUUACUCCUCCUCUUCCGACAACUACCCUUACCGCCGCAUCUUUCCUCUCUCCCCUCCACCACCACCACCUUCACUGCGACACUCUAUAGACAUCGCCGCCGCCGCUGAGCAUACAGCCGACACCCGCGCCCUGUCCGCGCCGCAGCGACUAUGGGGGCCUGUGCAAGCGUCCAGGACCGCGCAGAGAGAGAACGCUCAGAUGAGAUCGACAGGCAGAUCGAGGAAGACUCGCGAAAGUUCAGAAAGGAAUGCAAGAUCCUCUUACUUGGGAGCGGAGAGUCGGGCAAGUCGACGAUUGUGAAGCAGAUGAAGAUCAUCCAUCAAAAUGGAUACACCCGCGAGGAGUUAUCAGCAUAUCGUCUAACCGUCUACCGAAAUCUUCUCGAGAGCGCUCAGGCCAUCGUCCUCGCCAUGCGUAAGCUCGCUAUCGACCCCGUCUUACCCGCGAAUCGCGCCCAUGCGGAUAUGAUCUUGGCGUACAAGGUCGACCCUCCCUCAUCAAUAACCGCCGCAUCAUCCUCCGUUACUGGCGCCAAUGCCGCAACUGCGACGGGCGAAUUCAGCGAAGAGGUGGCGGCUGCUAUCGAUGCACUCUGGAGUGAUCCUAUAAUCCCCAAGAUCAUGGAUCACAGCAGUGAAUUUUAUUUAAUGGACUCGGCAAGCUACUUCUUUAGUGAGGUGCGACGAAUAGGGAAACCGGGUUAUGUGCCAACGGAGACGGAUGUAUUACGUGCACGACAGAAAUCGACAGGGAUUGUGGAAACGAGAUUCAAUAUGGGUCAGCUAAGUAUACACAUGUUCGACGUCGGCGGGCAACGAAGCGAACGAAAGAAGUGGAUCCAUUGCUUUGAGAGCGUAACAUCGAUCAUAUUCUGCACAGCACUAUCGGAAUACGACCAGGUGCUGUUGGAGGAGGCGGGCCAGAAUCGGAUGGUGGAGAGCUUGGUGCUGUUCGAGUCGGUCAUCAACUCGCGAUGGUUCUUACGAACAAGUAUCAUCUUAUUCCUCAAUAAGAUUGACGUGUUCAAGAGCAAACUGCCGAAGGUGCCAUUAGAGAAGUAUUUCCCAGAGUACACAGGUGGGGCGGAUAUCAACAAAGCGGCGAAGUAUAUCUUGUGGCGGUUCAUGCAGGCGAACAGGGCGCGGUUAAGUGUAUACCCUCAUUUGACACAAGCGACAGAUACGGGGAAUAUACGACUGGUGUUUGCGGCUGUGAAAGAAACGAUAUUACAGAAUGCGCUGAAAGAUUCAGGGAUACUAUAAUACCAUUUCGUCCACGACCUUUUCGCCUUUCUCUGUUCGUUUCUUUCGUCAUUGCCUUCACGAAUCACGCCGCCUUAUUCUUUCUCCUCUGCUUCCUCUCACUUUGCCCUUUCUCUCCCUCGCAUCUGCAUGUUGAUCGCUUCACCUGCGUACACGUCGCCGCUUGUCGCCUAUCUAUGGAACCUCGUCCUUUAUUGCCAUCGCUUCUCGUAUCGCAUCGCAUCGCUCCUCGCAAUCGUCCUUUCCGCUCCUGUCUUGGCUUAGCCUUUCAUCUGCUGUUCAGCUUUCUCGAUCUCGUCCUCUUUGUCUAUCACGUCUCCAUCAUGAUAUCCGUAUCUGUCACUCACGAAUUCGCGCCGUUUCUUCGUCUCUCCAUCCCAUCCCAUCUGCCAUCAUUGUUACUGCUCAUCGCUCGUCGUUCAUCAUUCAUCGCCAUUUCCUCCCCUCGUGAUCUUCUUUCACAAGCCAUCCUCGGUAAUGGGAAUGUUAGCAUAUACACCAGUUUCGUUUACUUCUUCGUAAGUCUGAGUUUCAUUAUUCCCGUUACUCCUCCUGGAUGGAGUUGUGCUUAGUGACGAAUUGUUCUUUUCGUUCAGGCAUUUGUCAUGUUUUAUUCUUUUACUACC